GUUGGCUGUAGGGCUGAUAAGGAUUUAUUACCCAUUCACUACAUUCAAAAUCUUAAGUCAUUACCGUGGAAGUUAGGUCAGUUUCGUUGUCAAGAUGGGAAUCGUCGGAAAAGUAAUAGGGAGCAUGAGGAAAAAAGAAUUCAGGCAGUAUUUAAUGAGUACCCAUUUUUGGGGUCCUGUUAUGAAUUGGACGAUACCUAUUGCCGCUAUUGCAGAUAUUCAAUAUAAAGAUGCUUCCAUCAUAAGUGGGAAAAUGACUUCAGCUCUUUGUAUUUAUUCAUUGGCUUUUAUGAGGUUUGCUUGGAGGGUUCAACCAAGAAACAUGCUUCUGUUUGCUUGUCAUUUUACAAAUGAAAUAGCUCAGGUAACGCAAGGUGUACGUUUUAUCAAUUACCAUUAUCUGAGUGAAGAUAAGAAUGAUGAAAGCACCAAAAAGUGAUAUAUUACUGUUUAUUGUCUUCCCGAUAAAAGUAGUAAAAUGAAAUCAAAAACCUUAUAAUUGCCUUUCCUUAUUCGAACGAUUUAUUUAUCGAACUAUUGUUAUAACUAUAUUUUAUUUGGAAGUCAUGUUGCAUCUCGUGGAGAUAAUAUGACGAUCUUAAAGAAAAUAUUUAAUGAUCAAUGUAAUUUAUAAUGGUUGUAUAUUUCUAGUAACAAAAAGGAAAAUUAAUUUGGAACUUGACUUAUCCAUCUUAAUGACUCAAUUUAGUUUUUAUAAGAAAUUAUACUUUUGAGACUGAGAACACAUUUUAGCAUUCCAGUCAGGAUGUCUUUCCCGUCAAAAAUUCAGCUUUAUAGCUGUAAUUCAACUGUGCAGGGUAUGCCCCAACCAUGACAAUGUAUUUUAAAAAUUUUUAUCAUUGCUGAAGAAAUGUAUUUUUAUAAAUGUUAUUGUAAUCAUACAAUAUUUUUAUAAGUAUUUUAAUUGUUAUUAUAAUUUAAAUUGUAAAAAAAAGGAAAGAACUUUGUUGUUUAGUUAAAUUGUUAUAUUCAUUCCACAACCUGGAAUGAAAUGAUUUAUUUUUUCUAUCUUAAAUUAGAACGUGUUGCAUUCCUUGUUGACCUCUUAUAUUUAAUCUUGUUAAUUAUUUUUGUAUUUGUUAUUUUUUUUUAAAUUACUUUUAUGUAGUACAAAUGUUUU